AUGGAUACCAAGCAUGCACAUAUAGCUAAUCGGUCUUAUGAGGAUUAUGAUCCUGUGUACAACUGGCGUACAGAAGAGAACCGUGAUACCGUUGAACUUCAUCUUCCAGGUUUUAAGAGAGAGCAUAUACGAAUUCAAAUCGACCAUCUUGGUUUUUUGAUAAUAAGUGGAGAGCGUCCGUUGGAUGGAACUAGAUGGAGACGUUUCCAGAAAGAAUUUGAACUCCCAUCAAAUUGCAUUGUAGAUGAUAUUUAUGGUAAUUUCAUGCAAAGCAUUCUUUCGGUGGUAAUGCCAAAGAAAAUUCCUCAGCAAGAGGAAAUCACUGAAUUUGUGCACAAGAAAGAUUUAGAGAAAAAGGGGUUUGCAGAAAAGACAGAAACCACAGCCAAAGAAGCACUAGCAGAAGAUACUCAUAUUAAUCGAGAGGAGCAAGAAACAGAUCACUACCAGUUUGCAGAAAAAAAUGAUGUGGGGUUAACACCAGAAACGACUAGAGAGAUUGCCCUCAAAUUCAUGGUUGUUAUAAUUGUGCUAUUGGUUAUAGCAAGUUAUGUAGCAGAUAUGAGCAAAAGCAUCAUGACUCAAGCUCAAUCAUAUUUUAACAAUUAG